CGCCUCUGCACAUGCGCAGAAAAUCAUUGGAACUUCCUUGUCAAAAGAGAAUGGAUGUUGUGAUUUUAGCUAGCUAAAUAACUUCAAAGUUGGUUAGCUACCGAGUUUACUCCAAUAAUAAUUGUAAUCUCUCCGUUUGGCCAACUCUUACACCAAGGUUUUCGCGUAUUCGAAAUGGGGAAAGGCUGCAAAGUUGUGGUGUGUGGUUUGGCAUCUGUAGGAAAAACAGCCAUCCUUGAACAGCUGUUAUAUGGCAAUCACGCAGUUGGUUCAGAGUCCACUGAGACCCAGGAGGAUGUGUAUGUGGCGUCGGUGGAGACAGACCGCGGUGUGAAGGAACAGUUACGUCUCUAUGACACCAGAGGGCUCCACGACGGCCUGGACCUUCCCAAGCACUACUACUCUGUGGCGGACGGCUUUGUGCUGGUCUACAGCGUGGACAGCCUGGAGUCCUUCAAGAAGGUGGAUGUCCUCAAGAAGGAGAUAGACAAAUCCAGAGACAAGAAAGAGGUGAUGGUGAUUGUGCUAGGGAACAAGACGGACCUGCGUGAGCUUCGUCAGGUGGAGCACGAGGCAGCGCAGCAGUGGGCGCGGGGGGAGAAGGUCAAACUCUGGGAGGUCAGCGUCACUGAGAGGAACUCUCUCAUUGAACCCUUCACCAUGCUCACCAGCCGCCUCACACAGCCUCAGAGCAAGUCUGCCUUCCCUCUUCCAGGACGCAAGAGCAAGGGCACAACGUCCAAUGACAUCUGAACUGAACUCAACCUUGAGCGUACCUAAGAUCCAAGUACUUCGGGGAGGGGGAGAUGUCAGAGUAGGAUCGAUGAGUUAGCCAGCCAAAUUACAUUAAUAUUCUGACUUCAUAUCAAGAUAGAUAUCCAUGAAAUAUGGGCAAAGACAUAGUAACUGACUCGACAACCAACAACCCAUUAAAUUCCCUUAAAAUAACGCUUUUUUUUUUUUAAUACAA